AUGCUGGCUGCAAGAUCUGCCACUGUCCCAGACGAUGGCCAAACCACGAUAAAUGAGCUGGGAUGCAAUGACAACAUCUGGUGGCUGGCGAGUUUAAGCCCUACGACUCUGAACGUCUACUGCUUCCAUCCAGACAACAAUGAAGCUACACCGAAUGUUUGUUGUGGCAUGCAGUGUUGUUGGUUUAAUGAUACUUUUCUCUUUCCCUGCAGGCAGCUCCACACCCCCACCAACAUCCUCCUCCUCUCUCUAGCUGUCUCAGACCUUCUAGUGGGCCUCGUGGUGAUGCCGGGAGAAAUCCUCAAAAAAACAUCCUGCUGGUUUCUUGGUGACUUUGUGUGUUUUCUUUAUAAUUCUCUUUCAAUCAUCAUUGUUGUAUCCUCAAUAGGUGACAUGGUGCUCAUAUCAGUUGACCGUUAUGUGGCUAUUUGUGACCCUCUGCAUUACAACACCAGAAUCACCAUGAACAGAGUUAAAAUCAGUGUUUUUCUGUGUUGGCUCUAUUCUGCUUCCUACAGCUUUCUCUUUGUCAAGGAUGACCUGACUCAACCAGGGAGGUAUAAUUCCUGCUACGGAGAAUGUGUGUUGGUCAUUGACUAUUUCACAGGACUAAUAGAUCUUGUUUUGUCCUUUAUUGUUCCAGUUACUGUCAUCGUAGCUCUAUAUGUGAGAGUGUUUGCCGUAGCUGUGUCUCAGGCUCGUGCCAUGCGCUCUCACCUUACAGCUGUCACACUCCAGCUGUCAGUGACUCCAAAGGCAAAGAAAUCUGAGCUGAAAGCAGCCAGGACUCUAGGUGUUCUGGUAGUUGUGUUUCUAAUCUUUAUUUGCCCAUAUUACUCUGUUUCUCUUGCAGGUGACAGCUUUGUUAAUGUUUCAUCUGCAUCCUAUGUUCUCUUUGUGUGUCAAUUUACCUCUGGCCUCAACCCUGUGAUCUAUGCCUUCCUUUACCCCUGGUUUAGAAAAGCAGUUAAACUCAUAGUUACUCUUCGGAUACUGCAGCCGGGCUCCUGUGAGACCAGCAUGAUGUAG